AUGCAGUUCACCGUCGUUGCCGCCCUCCUUGCCGGCGCUGCCUUCACCCAGGCCGCUGCCAUCCCAGCCGCUGAUGCCUGGAAGGUCAACAGCCCAACCCGCUACGGCACCCGCUGCGGUGUCCCGGGCAUGAGCUGCAAGCGUGACCCGACCCCAGUCGCUGAGGCCGAGCCCCUCAAGACGCACACUGGCAAGGUGACCCGCUGCGGUGUCAUCGGCGAGUCCUGCAAGCGUGACGCCGAGCCGGAGGCCGAGGCGGUCGCUGAGCCAGAGGCCUGGAAGGUCAACUCGCCCACCCGCUACGGCACCCGUUGCGGCGUCCCCGGCAUGAGCUGCAAGCGUGACGCCGAGGCGGAGGCUUCCCCCGUCGCUGAGGCUGCCCCCAUCCAGACGCACACCGGCAAGGUCACCCGCUGCGGUGUCCCCGGCGAGUCCUGCAAGCGUGACGCCGCGCCUGAGGCCGAGGCCGAGGCCGUCGCGGAGCCAGAGGCCGAUGCCUGGAAGGUCAACAACCCCCGCCGCUACGGCACCCGUUGCGGAAUCCCAGGCAUGAGCUGCAAGCGUGAGGCGGAGGCUGAGGCUGUUGAGGAGGUCAAGCGCGAGGCUGCCCCCGAGGCCGUUGCUGAGGCUGACCCGGAGGCCUGGUAAGUCGUCGAAUUCCCCCUUAACCUAUCUGUGAAUGCCAUUACUGAUUCCCCAUCCCAGGAAGGUCAACAACCCCCGCCGCUACGGCACCCGCUGCGGAAUCCCCGGCAUGUCCUGCUAG